AUGGCGGUGCAAGGAGAAACAAGUAGCACUGCUUUCCUGGAGCAGAUUCGAAAAACCGUCGGGAAAGCUGGAACUGAAAAUCUACUUAAUUGUAUUAAAAGAUUUAUGCCUUUGGUUUCUUGGCUGCCAAAUUACAGUUGGCGGCAUUCAUUCUUCGGCGAUCUGAGCGGCGGUCUAACAAUGGCUGUGUUAGCGGUUCCACAAGCGAUAGCUCACUCGGCACUGACUGGCGUGGAAGCCGUUCAUGGCCUUUACAGUGCUAUAUUUCCGGCAUUUUUCUAUAUUUUCUUUGGGACAUCGCGGCAUAAUGCACUUGGUAUUGCUUAG